AUGUGUGGGAAGUUGUCAAAAGAAGCAUUAGGUGGAAGGAGCUUGCAACACAUUAAGACGUUGCUAAUCCGCCAAAAAGAAGCCGAACAUCUUCAUAUUCAAGUUCACAACAAAUAUCAUCGGAUGGUCACAUUGGCGUUGACCUUAUCGAUGAUAACAACGACAUCGAAGAAAUACGUACGCCUCCUCGUCCCAUGGGAAGGGACAAAACAAAAGCUUGAGGAAAAGCGACAUCGUCAAAUUCUUCAGUCGGAAUGGAGCGGUCAACUAGAUCGGAGGAAAUGA